AUGGAAAACGACAACUCUUUUACUAUUUGGAAUUCCUACAAAACCAUCGAACAACGAGCAGGACCCCUAUCAACACCAGCCACGUCGACUCCAUUGAAGACUCCAAGAUCUCAUAGAGGUCCGGAAGAGCCGAAUGUGACAACAAUCGCUAUGGAGAACGACCAAGAUGAGAAUAGAAAUCUUUGCAUUUCCACUCAAAGCAUCAAUACCUCUUGCCGAAACUGUCGGGAACUAAGUCGAGAAGUUCAAGAAUUGCGGAAAACAGUUGAGAAGCAAGCCCAAUACAUCAAUAUCCUGAAGAAAACUCUCAAUUCAACCAGCGAAAUGGACUCCUCUGAAUCUCAACACGGACCAAACUCCACUGCAAGCAGUGCGAGCAAAAAAGCCCGAAUCCAACGGGUCACGCCCACCAAACGCGAGUCGUCGUCGGCUUCAACCAGUGGCAGUUUGAGUACUAGUAGCAGCACUUCUACUCCGAUCGUUCGCCAAAUUUUGCAACAACUGACUCCUCGAUCCGUAAGAUCGCCGGCCGGAAGUAGAGGAUCUGCUACUUCUAAUAGACAACCUGUGGAAACUCCAAUAAUGGCAAGAAACGUGAGACAAGCAACGACUAGAAGUUCCAGUAACGAGUCGCCAAGUGCGCAAGUCAUGCCAACACCAACAAUGCGAAAUGCCCGUAUUCCGCCACCUCUUCGUUCCCCACAAUCUCUGCCGCUUGGCGCUCGUCAAGCGCAUUUCGAAACGCCACCAUCGUUGCGUAUGGGAGGGUCCGAAAGGCGGACUCAUUCGAGAAGACGACUAUUUGCGGAUGAAGAUGCUCCGACAACCAAUCGAGCCCAACAACCACCACCGCCUCCAGCGAGACCGAUGGCAAGACCACAACAACGCUCAGCUCGUCGAAAUUUGAAUGAAUGGCUCCGCACUCGCAGCGAAAACGCUAUUGAGCAUCUACCAAUCUCACCAGUGAAGGACGAUCAGUGGUCGCAAGCAUGUCCACCGCGAGUUCAUUUGGAACGCAAUCGACCAGAAUUCAUUGAACGCGUCGAGGCACGACAAAGCAUCAUAAGAGCCGCUUCCGAGAAACGAGCGGAAAUUGAACAGAAGAAACGAGUAAGUGAAAGGAUAUGGUGCGAUAUUUCAAUCAAAAUCUGGGUUCAGAUUGCCGCCAGACUCGUCGCCAGUGGACAGAGAAGUGUGGACAGUGUCAGACGAGAUUUGUUCGCCGAUUCAACGGCAGUGAAGGCGUUCUAUGAGAAGGAUAUGAGAGAUAUCACCAUGAAAAACAUCCGCAAAUCCCAGUCCUACCAAAACCGGAUGUAUCAGAGAAUGGCUACAGUUGAUAAGCAUGCAAACCGAAUUCUUGCUCAAAGCCAUAGUUUGAGAGCACGCUCAACUUCCCGCUCUCGCCAACAACACUAA